AUGGGAAAGGACCGCUUUGUUGUCAACCCUUUUGAAGAACUUUCUCUCUCUCGUGCUGACAAGGACAGCCUCAAAGAAUUUGGCUACACCUUUGUCGAACAGAACGUUGAAAAGUACGAAGCGUUUGUUGCGAGAGGCGGCCCGAAUGUCGAUGAGAAGAAGUGGAAGCUGAUUAAAAACAAAUUUGGUACUCGAGUAUAUCUCGAGCGCGAAUCAAUUAAUCAUCCGUCCGAGAAUGGCGCUAAGACGGAGUUUCCAGAGUUCUUGAUGACUGGAACCACUUGGGGAACAGUUGACGACUGUAUGUUCGGGGCGGUUAAUCCGACACUCGAGUCCAUGCGGAUCAAGGCUUCUUAUGUUGAGGAUAUGAGUGGAGGCGCUGUGUUAGCCACUCUAGACGUGCCAACGAUUGAAGAGCCCUUCAAGUCCAUGACAGUCAAAUGGAUGGAGCUUGAUCUUCCUUUCGCGUCGACGUCACUAGUGAAGAACCGGGACUAUGUAUACCUCGAGUGCACAAAGAUGGUUCGCUUGUCAACCGGUGAGCGUGUUGGAGUCAUGACCUUUCAUUCUGUGAACUUUCCACAGGCAAAAGAAUUGCCUGGUCGUAUUCGAGCGAACAUUACUGUGUGUUGCAUCUUUCGACGACUAGGUCCUGACACUAUUCAGGUGUACGGCUCAGGCUUUGUGGAUCCCGGUGGCGACAUGAUCAAGGCAUUGGUGAUGCCCAGUAUUGCCACGGGCUACCUCACAACACUUAAGUACGCGCAUUGCAGCAACAUGAAGAAAAUGGCGUGGAUGCUGGCGAAGCGUUAUGCUUUGGCAAAAGAGCUUGGCACUCCGACCCGACCAAGUAUCUGUGUCACUUGCACCAACCCAAUUUCAAAAUUUCGAGUUGGAGAUUAUAGCAGAAGCGUGAGCGGCACGUGCAAGUUGUGCUCAGGGUACCUAUGUCGUUCGUGCCGAUUUCAAUGCAAGGUAACCUUUGUUGGCUCAGACCUUCAGCUUGUACAGCGUAAAGUAUCUUUUUGUGGACUGUGUCUGCAAAAAGUUAGAAACAUGAGUCCAAUGGAGAUAGCAAGGGAACAUGCUGCAGACUGUUGCAAACAAGCAAUGUCUUGCAUAGGUAUCGACUCGUCCUCCUCUGCGAGCACAUCUUCUGACUAG